AUGGCUGUAAGUGAUGUUAAUAGGUUGGAUAGUUGCUCAUGUGAUGAGGUUGAUAUGCCUAUGAGAAAGAGGAAGAGGAAACUGCCCGAGAAAGCAGUGAGAAACUAUUCAGUAUUUAACAGAAGGAAGAUGAUCAUUUGUAUGGUUCAUCCAAUAGCAAGCCAAGACUUGUGGGCUAAAACAAAUUUCCCACCUUUGUUGCCACCUAAGUAUCACAAGCAGCCAAGGAGGCCAAAGAAAAGAAAGGUACCAUUAAAAAGGCAAAAUAAGAGAGCACCUCAAGGCAACACAUCAACUCAGAGAGUUAUGAGACAAUCAAGGCAGAAACAAGCAUCAUCUUCUACACAGUCAAGGCAAAAACAACCAAUUAUAUCAAAGGCUAAAAAAAGGACUAAUCAUCACCAUGCAUCUUCUCAGUCUAACCAAGCUCCUCAACCAUCUCACCAAGCAGCUCAACAAUCUCAACCUUCUCAAGCUUCUCAGUUUGACAACCAUCUCAGUUUUAACAACCAUCUUAGUCUCAAAAACCAAAUUGGUCUCAGCCUCAAGCAUCUUAGCGUCCAUAAGCUUCUGAACAAAUGA